UUAACUUUCAAAGAGACAGAAACAGCACUGAUAUUUAUUACCUCUAUACUCAGCUUCCCGUCAACUCUCUCUAGAGUACACAGGCGAUCUAAUUUGCACCACAAAAAUGCAUAGAAUAGGAGAUACGAAGAAAACCAUAAUAUUAAAUGCUCUGCUAGCUUCCACUUGAACCCACGAAAAACAAUAUGGAAGAAGAAGGGUCGAUUAGCAGAGCUCUCAUGGAUGGAGAGGAAACAGAGCAAAUUGCAAGCUCGGAUUUUUUCACAAGAUUUUGUAUUGAAUCAAAGUCUCUAUGGAAAAUUGCAGGCGCUGGAAUCUGCAGUCGGCUCGCAACGUUGGGUUUCCCUGUGAUUACACAAGCAUUUGUAGGACAUAUUGGCGAUUUUGAGUUGGCUGCCUUUUCCAUUGUCAUCACCGUCGUUGUGGGUUUCACUUCAGGCCUUCUGAUAGGAAUGGGGAUUGCUUUGGGAACACUAUGUGGACAAGCCUAUGGAGCUCAUAGAGAACACAUGCUAGGAAUAUAUAUGCAAUGCUCUUGGAUUGUGCUCAUUGGUUUUGCAGUGACAAUUUUACCUAUCUAUGUCUUUACGACACCUCUAUUAAAACUACUUGGCCAACCAGAUGAUAUUGCAGAUCUAUCAGCUAAAGUAUCUUUGUGGUGUAUUCCAAUGCAUUUCUCUUUUGUGUUUUAUUACACUCUUAAUAGGUUUUUACAAUCACAAUCCAAGAAUUUCAUAGCUGCAUGGUCAUCAACACUUGGGGCAUUUUUUAACAUCAUCUUAUGUUGGUUGCUCAUCUCAAAAUGGAGUAUGGGCCUUUAUGGUGCACUUAUUUCCCUAAAUAUAGCAUGGUGGACGACUAUGAUUAUUCAAUACGUGUAUGUUACAUGUGGAUGGUGUCCAGAUACAUGGAAAGGAUAUUCAAAGGAAGCAUUUGUAGAUAUUUGGCCCUUUCUUAAGUUGUCGACUGCAUCCGGUGUUAUGUUAUGCUUGGAGAUUUGGUAUUAUAGAGUAUUGGUUCUCAUGACAGGAAACCUAAAAGAUGUUGAAGUUGUAGUCGAUUCUCUCCCUAUUUGUUUAAACAUCAAAUCGUGGGAGAUGGCUAUACCUCUUGCUUUCCUUGCUUCAACCAGUGUGAGGGUUGGGAAUGAGCUUGGAGCGGGGAAGCCUAAGCGAGCCAAAUUUUCAGUUAUUGUUUCAACCAUUACCUCUGCAACUAUAGGACUUGCAUUGCUAACUCUAAUUUUGGCCUUGCAGAGUGAACUUGCUAAGAUUUUUACAGAUAGUGUUGCUGUACAAAAUGUUGUUUAUAAGUUGGCCAUACUACUAGCGUUUACAAUUAUGUUAAAUAGCAUUCAACCAGUCCUUAUAGGUGUCACCGUGGGAUUAGAGCGACAAGUUAUUGUAGCCUAUAUAAACAUUGUAUGUUAUUACAUGAUUGGUGUGCCAUUUGGAUUUCUCCUUGGCAAUGUAUUUCAUUUAGGAGUUAAGGGCAUUUGGCUAGGGAUGAUAUGUGGAACUGGAGUACAAACAUUUGCAUUAAUGUUUAUUGUAUGGCGAACAGAUUGGCAUAUGAAGGCCAAAACAAUUGCAAGUAAUGUGGAUAGGUGGAGCUCCACUAAAGUCUCUGAAGGAAAUGAAGAACCUUGAAUAGAUGUUAGUUUUCCAUCGAAAACUUUGUCUAUUGCUAAAAGUCAAA